AUGUUGCACAUCUGCCCUCGUGGCCAAUUAGUUGCACCGGGGCUACUGGUUUUCAUCCGGUCAUACCAGUUACCAAUAUUUAUACUACUGCUGGCAGUCCAAACUGUCAAUACGGAAUCCACAGAAGUGCGACUCAGCUGGACUGUGAAACCCGGUGAUGCAGUACUGUCCGUGGAUCACGAGCCCCGGUCCAAGGGGAUUCCGGAACAGCGGGUAUCCGGUCUCGUGGGAAACAUCCAGUCAGACGGUCCCCAGCCUUCAUCAGACAGCCGCAUACAACAAGUCGAACCGGGAAUGCAAUUACAACUGGAAUGCAAUAUCAAUGAUCCGACAGAGCGAGAAAAGACCGCAUUUGAACACCCCGCCCCGAUAGCAGUAAGCGAUCCGAUAACCAAUGCACCUUACAUUGAAAGCCUCACAGUAAGUCAAAAUCCAGUGGCCACGGGCAGCACUGUUCGACUGACGUGCACUGUAGCUCCGACACCCGAAUCGUACGGACUGUCACGGGGGAACGCUUCGGGCAAAAGUUCCACACGUCACAGGAACGAUGUGGUACUUCGAUUUGCCUGGCAUCGCUUGUCCAAGCAGCGGCUCCAUAAAGGAACCGAACGAAGUCAAAUUGUCAGUCGGGUUGAGCAGCCGAACGCGUUCACGUCCGCAGUGGAAGUACGUGAUUUGCGGUAUGACGAAGGUACUCUGUUUGAAUGCACCGUGAUGGACAGACGUGGGAGACGCGCAGUUCGACAAAUCCAGCUGGAUGUACAUUAUACUCCCAAAUCACUCCGUAUCGAGACCGUUCCAUCCCACGAGCGACCAAUUCCAGUUGAUACCCGGUGCCAUAUCAUGUGUAGUGCAGAAGCUAGCAAUCCGGUGCCCACAUUCAAUCUGUUACGUCAGCGUCUUGGACAGUCUCAAGCCCAUCUGAUGGACGGCGUGACAGUGGGUGGUGUUAUUCCUGGACCCGGAAAUGUGGUCAAACAAGCAUUUGGCCUACAACUUACCGAGCAAGACAAUGGAGCCACAUUUUUUUGUGAAGUUAGCACCCACGGUAUAAUGCAAAGUGUGGCUCGAUCUGACGGAAGACAAUUUAACGUAACAUUGCGUACAGGCGAACGAGAGUCCAAAGCUCGUAAAUGUUCUCGUUUAUGA